GCGUGAUGAGAUCGAGAUCCUGCUGAACGCCACGUUCCAACGAGAUGUGGAAACAUUUCAACACGGUCAACGUGGCCUUCACCAACCGCAUGUCAGAGACCGCCGACGCCAAGAACAGCCUGCAGACACACCUGGCUAAGGUGACUGACCGUCACCUGACCAAUGACCAUCAAGCUGAUCUUUCAUGUUUUAGUUCCUUUGUUGUUUAGUUCCAUUCAACUCAGUGAGAUGCAGUUUGGUUGUAUCUUGUUAUACGUCAUUGUACUUCAACAUCAGGUCCAGGGGGCAGUAAGGAAGGCAAAUCGUAAACUGCCUGCGUACCAUAGUUGAUUAUUGCUGAAAUUUUACUUCCGUCUUUGAUUAAUUCCCUGCUGGAAAAAAAAACGGUAUCGAGACCACAUAUUGAGUGUCUCAGUCUUGUCUCAGUGUCAGAUAUAUUUGUACUUGGUCUUGACUCGGUCCUCUGACAGUGAGACCAGCGGAGUAAAAAACUCAUACUUAUCAGCUUCCAUUCAGUCAGCGCAUUAAACCGUUUCGCCAGGCCAAAUAUAUACACUCCUUUCUUGAAACAUUAAUAUCUUAACAGCCUUUAUAUCCAUUUUAUACAUGUUUGAUAGGUGGAGAACCUAUAGGCUUUCAGUGUGUGACAGGUUUGUGAUUCUGAAAGGACAGCAACUGUAAUACCGGUGCACUCGUGUAGGAGUGCACUUUUGUAAAACACAAAGGGCCAGUGGUGUAGAGGAGGGUAUACAUGUAGCUCAGUUGGUAGAGCAUGGCUUUUGCAACGCCAGGGUUGUGGGUUCGAUUCCCACGAGGGGCCAGUAUGGGAAAAAAUAAAUAAAAAAAAUAAUGUAUGCACUCAUAAGGAUAAGAGCGUCUGCUAAAUGACUAAAAUGUAAAUGUAUACACAGGUAUAAACUGUAUACCCACUUUUUUUCAGUGGGCCUUGCUUAUACUCACUUCUUAAUCCUACUGAUGCGUAUCAAAGUAGUGUAGUGGAGGUAUACGACUUAUCAUUAUGUACAAUAGAGAAAUCAUGCACGAAGUAGUCUUUUUUUAUUUAUUUUUUUUAUAUUAUUAUUAUAUUAUUUAUUAUAUAGUCUAUACAAUCGCAAAGCAUGUGAAAUAUGUUCACAUGCGCGCCGCACACAGCCUAGUUUCAGCGGAAUAUCAUCUGCAGGCAGCAAGAGUGUGCAGCUCUCAACUGGUUUUGGAAUGGAGCAGCUCGCAGAAUAAUGACAUCGGUAGCCAGUAGGGUAGGAAAGACAUUUCAACCUAUGAUAUCUACCAGUAAAUGCUAAGGCAACAAUGGGUGUGCAAACCAGGUAUUGAAAAAGUUCAGCCCAAAGUUUUGGUUAGUAGGCUAUUCAUCAUGUGCUGUUUGCAUCAGGGGGCGUAAACAUUGAUGGGCCUGGGUGGACAUUAGCUAGAUAGCUAGCUAGCUAGCUGCUAGGAGGAUGUCAUGUUAUGCCAUUGGAGGAGUGGGUGAUUUACUGACUUUUUCCCCUCAUAAUAUCGUUUUUCGGUGGCUAUAACACAGGUGUCAUUUGGUUAGCUAGCGAGAACUUGAAAGACUGUCAUACAGUUAGCAGUCUCUUGCGUUCACAAAUUCACUUUGGCUAUCUACUCUCUACCUCCGAUUACAGAGCACUCUUGUUUGAGUGUGCCAGAGCGCAGAACAACUUAGGAAUUUAGGAACGCGCAACACCCUGCUGAAUAUGACCGGUGUCAGUAAAUGUGGCAAAAAAAGUAAUAGUUAGUCAAGAAUGCUCUAGAUAGCAUGUAAACAGCACUAACCCGCUCUGCUACGGCGAGUAAAAUGAUCAGUGUGAGGUGUUCUCUCAUUUGUGUCUGGAAGUAGCUAGCUAGCAAGCUAGACAACUUUAGCCAGUUAGCUUGGGUGCUUGGUUGGGACAAGUAUGCAUUUGCAGGCAAGCUACAGAAGGAUGAGGAGGCUACAAUUCCCCAUCAUUUAUCAGUGCAAUUUUGAUGGGCAACUAGCUGAAAAAGUUUGAGAGGGUUUAUCUAAUGUUCCUUCGUUAGAUUUUGGCUCAUCUUGCUCUGGCUAGCAUUAGUUGCUGAUCUUGUUGUUAUUGAUGUGCAUAACUGAGGGAGGGAGAGCCUACCUUUUCAAGGUUGUUUAAUCAAUAGGACUGUAAAAUUCCCAAAUGUAAGAGGACUCCCGUGGUGUUUACAUAUUUGCAGAAAUCCAUUCAGGUGUAUUUUGUGGCUUUUGACAAAUGCGUUCUAUUGAUCUAAAGUAGCGCCUGUAACACACAGUCCAGUUCAAAGUGAAUGAUGGCAGGCCCUUGUGGCAAAUGGCUUGUUAGUAUAAACGUCUACUCUAGGCCUGAUCUUUAGCUUGUUUUUGGUCCAGGUCCAGGAAUGGCUGAAGGUUGCAAUAUUAACCUGGAGCUACCCUGCAGAUAGCAACGAAUGGGUGAUCUGAAAGUCAUAGUCAAUCGAUCAAUAAUAUAAUAAUACUUUAGCAAAAACAUUUUUUUAAAAUUUACAAUCUGUAGAAACAAUGAGAAUAGAAGGGUUCAGAACUUUUGUGAAACAUCACAGUACAGUUGAAAAAUAUAUGGCAAAUAGAAAUCCAAUAUGGGUGGUGUUAAGAGAUAGAUGGAGGUGUUGAAUGGAGCUGAAGGAUGGGACUAUAACAACUAACAACAACUAAUAACACAAGAUAACUAAUGUAAAGCAUACUGUGUCCAUAAUAAGUAUAUCGUUUAUAGGUUGAGAGCUUUUGUGAAAGAGCACAGUUAGAAAGAUAUGGCAUGAAGAGGCAGACCGGAUGGACAUCAUGAAGAUGAUCGGAGAGGUUGUGGGCAGAGGAAGUUCAGGAGUAAAAUUGACUGUGUCCAUAAAAUGUAAAUAGUAUGUAUAAGCUGGAAGUAGAGGCCUAGCGUUGUUGUUCACUAGAUUACUCCAAAUAGGGAAGGAGUGGUGGGGUUGGAAGUAAUAAAGGGAAAUAUAUUUUUUUUAAAGGAUAUGUAUGUAUAUAUAUAUAUAUAUAUAUUAUAUAUAUAUACAUAUAUAUGUAUAUGUAUUUCUAUGUAUGUAUGUCUAUGUAUGUAUAUACAGUGGGGAGAACAAAUUUGAUACACUGCCGAUUCUGCAGGUUUUCCUACUUACAAAGCAUGUAGAGGUCUGUAAUUUUUAUUAUAGGUCCAGAAAAUCACAUUGUAUGAUUUUUAGUAAUUCAUUUGCAUUUAUUGCAUGACAUAAGUAUUUGAUACAUCAGAAAAGCAGAACUUAAUAUUUGGUUCAGAAACCUUUGUUUGCAAUUACAGAGAUCAUACGUUUCCUGUAGGUCUUGACCAGGUUUUCACACACUGCAGCAGGGAUUUUGGCCCACUCCUCCAUACAGACCUUCUCCAGAUCCUUCAGGUUUCGGGGCUGUCGCUGGGCAAUACGGACUUUCAGCUCCCUCCAAAGAUUUUCUAUUGGGUUCAGGUCUGAGACUGGCUAGGCCACUCCAGGACCUUGAGAUGCUUCUUACGGAGCCACUCCUUAGUUGCCCUGGCUGUGUGUUUCGGGUCGUUGUCAUGCUGGAAGACCCAGCCACAACCCAUCUUCAAAAGCUCUUACUGAGGAAGGAGGUUGUUGGCCAAGUUCUCGCGAUACAUGGCCCCAUCCAUCCUCCCCUCAAUACGGUGCAGUCGUCCUGUUCCCUUUGCAGAAAAGCAUCCCCAAAUGAUGACGUUCUCCACCUCCAUGCUUCAACGUUGGGGAUGGUGUUAUAAUAUUAUAAUAAUAAUAUAUAAUAUAAAUAUAAUAAUAUAAUAAUAAAUAAUAUAUAAUAAUAAUAUAAAUAUGCCAUUUAGCAGACGCUUUUAUCCAAAGCGACUUACAGUCAUGCGUGCAUACAUUUUUUUUUUGUGUUCUUGGGGUGUACUCAUCCUUCUUCUUCCUCCAAACACGGCGAGUGGAGUUUAGACCAAAAAGCUAAAUUUUUGUCUCAUCAGACAACAUGACCUUCUCCCAUUCCUCCUCUGGAUCAUCCAGAUGGUCAUUGGCAAACUUCAGAUUGGCCUGGACAUGCGCUGGCUUGAGCAGGGGGACAUUGCUGCGCUGCAGGAUUUUAAUCCAUGACGCGUAGUGUGUUACUAAUGGUUUUCUUUGAGACUGUGGUCCCAGCUCUCUUCAGGUCAUUGACCAGGUCCUGCCGUGUAGUUUCUGGCUGAUCCCUCACCUUCCUCAUGAUCAUUGAUGCCCACGAGGUGAGAUCUUGCAUGGAGCCCCAGACCGAGGGUGAUUGACCGUCACUCUGAACUUCUUCAAUUUUCUAAUAUUACGCCAACAGUUGUUGCCUUCUCACCAAGCUGCUUGCCUAUUGUCCUGUAGCCCAUCCCAGCCUUGUGCAGGUCUACAAUUUUAUCCCUGAUGUCGUUACAACAGCUCUCUGGUCUUGGCCAUUGUGGAGAGGUUGGAGUCUGUUUGAUUGAGUGUGUGGACAGGUGUCUUUUAUACAGGUAACGAGUUCAAACAUUGCAGUUAAUACAGGUAAUGAGUGGAGAACAGGAGGGCUUCUUAAAGAAAAACUAACAGGUCUGUGAGAGCCGGAAUUCUUACUGGUUGGUAGGUGAUCAAAAAACUUAUGUCAUGCAGUAAAUGCAAAUUAAUUACUUAAAAAAUCAUACAAUGUGAUUUUCUGGAUUUUUAGAUUCCGUCUCUCGCAGUUGAAGUUACCUAUGAUAAUAAAUUACAGACCUCUACAUGUUUUGUAAGUAGGAAAACCUGCAAAUGGGCAUUUUAUCAAAUACUUGUUCUCCCCACUGUAAUAAUAGGUUUUUUUUUUUCCCGAGAAAAAAAAUACAUAUGGGGGAUUGGAAGUGAUGCAGGACAAUUACAUAAUUGGGAAGUUACAAUCUAUCUGCAAUAUUAAAGCUGAUCUACCCAAAAAAAAAUUAAAAAACUGUCGUAAAACUGUGCGUGUGUGACCAAGCAUUAUAACUCCACCUGAAUAACGGCCAUCAUCAACCUUUAUGGUGACAAUAACACCCUUAUUUGCUGUAUACUUUGGAAGUAUUGGUAUCGGGCCAAAGACAGUAUACUAAGGGAAAUAUAAAUGGUGAACUUGAUCAAUGUUUUGCAGAAUGUUUUUUUUUGCAGGGGCAUUUGCUGUUUUCUGACCAUUUCUGAAACACAAAAACAAUUUCAAAUUAUUGGACUUUAACAGUACUUUGAAUUCAAUAUGUUUGCUUUCUUCUCCCAACUAAAUAUCUGCACUGCCCGUGAAAAUUUUGUCACUUGUUAAAACCACUUAUCAGUGUGAUGAAGGAAGGAACAGGUUAAAAGGAUUUUUAAAGCCUUGAGACAAUUGAGACUGGAUUGUGUUGUGUGGAUUCGAGGGUGAAAGGGCAAGACAGAAAUGUGUAAAUGUACCUUGAACAAGUAGUAGAAUGCCCGGCGACCGGUUUGUAGUAAAAUUGCAACAUCAUCCAGCAAAUUGACACAAACUGUGGGAAGCAUUGGAGUCACAUGGUCCCCGUAUCCCUUUGGGGGAAAGCUUCGACCCUGUUAGGUCCAUACCCAGACAAUUGAGGUUGUUCUGGGGCAAAAAUGUGGGGGGGGGGGGGGCAAAUCAAUAUUAGGAAGGGGUUUUAAGUUUGGUAUAAAACAAUUAGUAUUACGUGAGGGAAAAAAUUUUUAUCCCCUUGUUUUAAGUUUGCCCAUGCAAAGAAAUGAUCAGUCUAAAAUUUUUAAAGGGGGGGUAAUUUAACAGUGGAACGAAUAAAAACAAAAAAUCCGAAAAACCAUGUCAAAAAUUAUAAAUUGAUUUGCUUUUAAUGGGGAAAAAAAUUUACCCCCUCUCAAUCAGAAAGAUUUUUGGCUCCCGGGUCUUUUAUACAGGUAAGAGCUAAAUUUAGGACACACUCUUAAAGGGAGUGCCCUAUCUCUUUUUUUUACCUGUAAAAAAGACCCGUCCACAAAGAAUCAUCAAUCAAUUCAUUUUACUUUUUUUACUCUCCCCGGUAAAGACCAAAGAGCUCUCCAGGAUGUCAGGACAAGUUGUAGACCUACAAAAGGGCGGAUGGGCUAAAAACCAUGGGCCAAGCAGCUGGGGGAAAGGGUGAAAAACAUUUGGGUUUAUAUUGCAAAGGAAGAAAAAAAAAACUGUCAAUCUCCCUCGGCCUGGGGCCCCAUGAAAAUCACCUGGUGGAGUUGCAAUGAUCUGAGAACAGUUAGGAAUCAGCCCCCGAACUAACGGGGGUCUUGUCAAUGAUUCAAGGCAGCGGGGGCCAUAGUCCCCCCAAGAAAAAAAUUGGUAACCACACGCCGUGAAGGAGAAAUCCUGCAGGCCCGCAAGGUCACCCUGCUCAAAAAACACAUAAAGGGCCCCUGAAUUUUCAAGACAUCGAAGUUCAGAAAGAAUGGGUACGGUCUUGGUCAGUGAGACCAAAACGAGCUCUUUGGGCAUCAAUUCAACUGCCGGUUUAGGGAAAAGGAGGAAUGCUACCUAUGACCCCAAAAACACCAUCCCCCCCGUCAAACAUGGAGGGGGAAACAUUAUGCUUUGGGUGUUUUUCUGCUAAGGGGACAGGACAACUUCACCGCAUCAAAGGGACGAUGACGGGGGCCAUGUACUAAAAUCUUGGGUGAGACCUUUCCCUCAGCCAGGCAUUGAAAAUGGGUCGUGGAUGGGUAUUCCAGCAUGGCAAUGACCCAAAACACACAGCCAAGGCUACAAAGGAGUGGGCCAAGAAGAAGCACAUUAAGGUCCUGGAGUGGCCUAGCCAGUCUCCGACCUUAAUCCCAUAGAAAAUCUGUGGGGGGGAGCGAAGGUUCGAGUUGCCAAACGUCAGCCCGAAAUUUAAUGACUUGGAGAAGAUCUGCAAAGAGUAGUGGAACAAAAUCCCUCCUGAGAUGUGGUGCAAACCUGGUGGCCAACUACAAGAAACGUCUGAUCUCUGUGAUUGCCAACAAGGGCUUUGCACCAAGUACUAAGUCAUGUUUUGCAGAGGGUCAAUAAUUAUUUCCCUCAUUUAAAAAGUUAUAAUUUUAACAUUUUUACAUGUGUUUUUCUGGAUUUUGUUUUUGUUAUUCUGUCCUCACUGUUUAAAAAAAACCUACCAUUAAAAUUAUAGACUGUCAUGUCUUUGUCAGUGGGCAAACGUACAAAAUCAGCAGGGGAUAAAAUAUUUUUUUUCUCACUGUAUGUAAGUAAACUUCCGAAGCUUCGUUUGAUCACGUGCUUUUUCAAACCAUGUGUUGCAAAAUGCGAGAUCCCAUGAUUUCGUCGGGGUUUUCCGGUUGCUUUCAUAGAUUCCAAGCUGUUUUUCAAACACCGACCCUACUGGAAAACCCGCCUUAAAAAUAUGUUAUGAUUUUGUACAAAAGUUUCACCUGACUGGUAGUUAGCGGGGUCACUAUGGAAUACUCAGGGGUAGGGAGGGUAUGAGGUCGAAUCCUGUAGAAGGCACCUAUAUUUUGAAAACCACACUUUCUGCACUGUUGUUAAAAUAAUUUGUUUUAUUUAGUAUAGUAUAAGCUUCUGUGUUAAUCUCCUAAAUAAUGCCAUAAAUUCAGUACAAGGCAAAAAAGUGAAGCAUGAUGUAUGAAAACAUGGUAUUCCAACUGAUUAUAGGCUACGAAAGCCAAUGACUUACCGCUGAAACCACAGACUUUUGAUGAAAACAGUGGAGAAAUGUUUUUUAUCUGAUAAUCACACGCUGCUAUUUAUUGUUGACCGGCAGAUGUCACUAAUUGCAUUGUGAACAGAUAAUGAAGCUCUGAGUAAUGAACCGUUUUUCAGCACAAUUUGGUGAAAGCGUUGAAUUCUUCAGACAGCUUCAAUAUUCCAUCACUAGCGAAAACACAACGAAGGCGGGUCACCAGCCUAUGCGCUCUAUGCCUGUUUUUUUCUCCAGGGUUGUCUCAAACUAUUAAAGGGGGUCUAUUGCAAUUUUCAUGGACAUCUUUUAUGAUAAUAGAAAACAAAGGUUUAUUCCUAUCACAUUGCUUUUACUGUUUAAUGAGGAGAAAAAGAAAACUCAUUUCAGCCCCUUUUACUUGUGGCUAACAAGAUCAGUGUUUAAUGGCCAGAGACUCAAACUAAACCAUGUGAGUAUUGUGAGUGACACCCCCCCCCUUCACUGGGCUAGGCCUUAUUUUCAUGAAUCGUUUAUGGAACCCAGGCAUGCAAAGUAACUCACCAAAUCUUUUAUGCUAGGCUAAAUAUAUUGUCAAAAGGAGGACACCAACUAGAUAUACUUGCAUUGCCUGUGUUCAAACACUUUCCAAAGAUACAUACACGGGGAGUGGAGUAGUGGGACAAUGGAGCCAUUGUUUGUCGAAGGGUUAAUUGGAGGUUGCGGGGUCUAUCCACCUCACUGUUCUCUGGGUUUAUCCAUUGGACCAGCAUGAUGAGGCACAAGUCUUUAUAAAGCAGUCCCAGCAGUCAAUCGCCCGGGUGGUUCUGAGAGUUGUGGAAAUGUUCAGGGGAAAGAAUUUCUGUGGGUGGGGGUAGAAGGAAGAGGGCAAUGACUGUUAAUCUGAUUUGAUUACUUUCAUUUUGGGUUUUGUUUUGCUUUUUACAACACCUGCAUCUUUCCACGGUGACUAAUUUCAACAAACCCCCAAUUUUUGGGGGUGUAAAUAAACAAUUUUUGAGUUUUCCCGAACUCUUACCCAAACCUUUUCCAGCGGGGGAAAACUGGUUGCAAAAUGAUCCAUGCAUAUACCGUUCCGGUUUUUAAAAAAGGUUGAACAACGUUUUCCCGCUAGUAUUUCCACUCCGCCACUUAAAUUUCCCCUGUUUCCUUACUCCCUGGAUCGUCUCCCAUCCCUCCGGCUGUUUCUACUUGCAGACCCUCCGGGAAAUCUUCCAGACAGAGAUGCUCAUAGAGAGCCUGAAGAAGGCUCUGAGGGACAAGGAGUGCCCCCUGAAGGUGGCCAGACCAGGCUGGACGAGAGGACACGCAGGCCCAACGUGGAGCUCUGCAGGGAAAACCCACACCACAGGUAGGGCUCAGAUGAGUGUAAGUAUUUUUAUUGCCAGUAAAAUUAGGACUUUUUACACUUCCAUUCCCUUCCUUCUCCUCCAUUUGCCUCUUCUCCUCUGUUUACCUUCCUAUCCCUAUUUCCAGACUGGUGGGAGAAGUGAGGGAGAUAGAGGACACCAUCCACAAGCUUGCGUGAGAGGCUGAUGGGGGCAGAGAACACCCUGCAAAAAAGCUGGUGAAGACCAAGGCUGCCCUGGAGCAUGACCUGUCCAUCAAGGCUAAAUCCCUGUUCCUGGAUCAGGAGAAGUGCAUGGGGAUAAGGAAGAAACUUUUUCCCCAGUACCCCACGCCUGGUGGUAUACACCUAAAGCCAUCACAUAGUACUGUACAUGUAAAACCACAGGAGGUUGGUGGCAUCUU